CACAAGUAUAAAUAUAUAUAAUGCUUAAAUUUGUAAUAUACUUCAAUUUAUAGUAUAUAAAUAAAUCUAUAUCAAUAUUUAAUAUAUAUGCAUAUAUGUAUAUUGAAUUAUAUUAUAUAAAUUAAUAUAAUAUAAAUAAAUAAGAAUAUUUAGAUUCAAUUUAAAAAAAAAAAUGAUUUACAAUAUGAGCCUAUUCUUUCAUUUUAUAAAUAGUGAUAUAUUAUCACAUUUACAUAAAUAUAAUUUAAAGUUAAUAAGAAAAUUACACAAUAAACCUAUAAUUUUAGGAAUAGAAUCUAGUUGUGAUGAUACAGCUUUUGGAAUUAUUGAUAGCAAUGGAAAUAUUUUAGGCGAAUCAAUUAAUUCUCAAUAUUUAACUCAUUUGAAUUUUGGAGGAAUAAUUCCUACAAUUGCAAGAUCAUUGCAUGUAAAUAAUAUUACAAAAAGUUGUGAAAAUGCAUUGAGAACUGCAAAUCUAAGAAUAAAAGAUAUUGAUGCAAUAGCUACAACUGUAAAACCUGGUCUUCCUAUGUCACUUAAUAUUGGAACACAAUUUGGGAAAUAUUUAGCAAAAAUUGGAAAAAAACUUAUACCAAUACAUCAUAUGGAAGCUCAUGCUUUAACAGUAAGAAUAAAUAAAAAGAUUGAUUUUCCAUAUCUUGCUUUAUUAGUUUCCGGAGGCCACUGUUUAUUAACAAUUGUUGAAAAUGUAAAUAAAUUUUAUUUACUUGGUACUAGUAUAAAUAAUGCACCUGGUGAUAUUUUUGAAAAGGUUGCACGAAGAUUAAAAUUAAAAAAUAUUCCAGAAUUUAGUACAUUAAAUGGAGGCCAAGCUAUAGAAAUUGCAGCAAGUAAAGCUUCAAAUAUUAAUCAGUUUUUUUUUCCAUCUAUAAUGACACAAUUUCGAAAUUGUAAUUUUAGUUUUUCUGGAUAUAUAAAUCUUUGUAAUAAGUACAUUAAAUUAGAAGAAGAAAAAUAUAAUAUAGUUGCAGAUAUGAUAAUUCCUGAUGUAUAUAAUUUUUGUGCAGCAUUUCAAUUAGCUUUAGUAACACACAUUUGUCAUAGAACACAAAGAGCAAUGGAAUUUAUUAAUAAAAUGUCAUUAUUUCCUGAAAAACGCACAUUGGUCAUUUCAGGAGGAGUUGCAUGUAAUAAUUUUCUAGCUAAAGCAUUGAAUAUUGUGAGUACAGAAUUAGGUUAUACUUUUAUAAGAACUCCUUCUAAAUUAUGUACUGAUAAUGGAAUAAUGAUAGCAUGGAAUGGAGUAGAAAAAUGGAUUCAAGAUAUAGAUGUUAUUAGAGAUAUAAAUGAAAUUGAAAAAAUUGAAAUACAAAAAGUAGCCAUACUUGGAGAAAAUUGGACUAAAAAAGUAGAAGAAGCAAAUUUAAAAUGUAAAUGGAUAAAAAUAAAGAAAAAACUUUUUUAAAUUAUUUAAAAAAAUAAUAUGAAAUAUACUUAUUGUUAUAUUGAAAUAUACUUAAUGAUAUAAUCUACAAAGUU